AUGGCCGCCUCCACCAUGUCCGUCUGCUCUGACGCUCGCACCAACUCCUCCUGGCAGGUGGAUGACUGCCCAGAGAGCUGCUGUGAGCCCUGCUGCUGUGCCCCCACCCCCUGCCUGACCCUUGUCUGCACCCCAGUGAGCUGUGUGUCCAGCCCCUGCUUCCAGUCUGUCUGCUGCACACCCUCAUGCUGCCAGCAGUCUAGCUGCCAGCCAGCUUGCUGCACCUGCUCCCCCUGCCAGCAGUCCUGCUGUGUGACUCUCUGCUGCAAGCCUGUCUGCUGCACACCCAUCUGCUCUGGCUCCUCCUCAUGCUGCCAGCAGUCUAGCUGCCAGCCCUCAUGCUGCCAGCCCUCCUGCUGCCAGCCAUCCUGCUGUGUGCCUGUCUGCUGCAAGCCUGUCUGCUGCACACCCAUCUGCUCUGGCUCCUCCUCCUGCUGCCAGCCAUCCUGCUGUGCUCCUGUCUGCUGCAAGCCCUGCUCCAGCAUGUCCCUGCUCUGCCGCCCCGUGUGCAGACCCGCCUGCUGCCUGCCCACCUCCUCCUGCUGUGCCUCCUCCUGCCAGCCCAGCUGCUGCCGCCCAGCCUCCUGUGUGUCCCUGCUCUGCCGCCCUGCCUGCUCCCGCCAGGCCUGCUGUGGCCUCUCCUCGGGCCAGAAGUCCAGCUGCUGAUGGGCCUGUCCUCUAAUGAGAACAGUUCCUGCAUCUCCAGUGAGUGCGGGGGAGCCAGACCUCACAGAAGAAUAUGUCCACACUCUGUGCUCGUCACUCUGUAGCAGACCAUGACAGUGCCCUCCUUCCUCUGCCCCUGCCUUCUCCAUGUCAAGCAAUCUCACCUCACUGUGACUCCCCUCCUCUGAAUACACUUGAGCCUUUCUGAGCAAUAAAGACCCUGA